AUGAUCAAACAGCUUAACCUCAGCGGCUUGACUCUGCAAAGAUCGGGUACCCAAAUAGCAAAUAUUGUGCGGAAGUUGCCAACACUUGAAUCCUUUACAGCGCCUGCCCCGUUGGGAGGCCCCAUAUGUCUGCAGGUACUGGAGCUCGACGAUCCCCGUGUCGACGAUGUUGACGAACAAUUCCUAGACAGCUUCAUGAGUGAACUGGAGUCCGGAGAUCUCACUGGUCUCUAG